AAGGGCUUACAUUCUUCAGAGACCAGUCAGCAGCAACACACCUUUAAUAGGACAGGAUACAAAAACUGCAGAAGAAAAGAUUUGUCCCUAUCAGAAAAAUAAACCUUCUGUGAACGCGGAGCUGCCAAGACAUUUUCUGGAUAAUCUGAGCUUUUGAGUGAACAUGGAAUGGACAGCUUAACAACAAAAAAGAGUACAAAUUCCUCUAGGGGUUUUGGGACAUCCGGCAACGGUGUAAUAGAAACUGUGACCACCACUACCAGGCUGACAACCUUACCUCCUAGGGGCAGCGGCGGCGCAGGCAGCGGGCAGAGGAGCACUUCUUCCAUGGAAAGAAAAGUCACCUCACAUGGCAACACGAGCUAUUUGUCAUCAUCUGGUGGGGGUGGCAGCUCAAAGGGGAUCUUCAGCUCAUCUGGGUCGCACCGAGGCCAGGGCUCCAACUCAUCGCUCGCCUACUCCCCCGGCUCCACCCUGGAGAGGAAGGUCACCAUCAGCCGCCAUGGAGGAUAUGAAGAGAGUUCAAGUGGGAGCUCUUCACCGGAGUGCACAAGGAAAGAAUUCGGUUCAGUGUCAGGAACCUCAGCCACAAGAGGGAGAAGUCAGAGCAGAGAAAGUGAAAUAAGAGCAAGAUUGCAGAGUGCCUCACCAUCCACCAGGUGGACAGAGCUGGAUGAUGUCAAGAGGCUGCUGAAAGGGGGUCGCUCUGCCAGCGUGAGUCCCUCGCGUUCAUCAUCCAACACCCUCCCCGUCCCUAAGAAAGCCACUGUGGAAACAAGGAUUGUGACUGACAGUUCUCAAUCGGUUUCAGGACGGUAUGACACAACUAUCCUGAACUCUGCUGUGCCUUCCUACACAUGGAGCUCCACGCUCCCAGCAGGGUCUUCAAUGGUCAGUGGGUAUGGCUACCAAACCAACGCCAACAACCUGUCUCCCAGCUCCUCCCUCAUGACUGCAAACGCACUUUCCUCCAUGUCAGUGCAAGGAGUCCAGAAUAACCUGGCUUUGAGCCCGGCUCCAAUGAGCAGCAGUCUUACCACGAGCUCCACAGUGUAUGGUGUUCAGAAUAACCUGACUCACAGCACCACCCCUGUCCUGGGCAACUCCAAUGGUGCCCACAGCGCCACAGUGUAUGGAGUGCAGAAGAAUGUGUCUGCAGCCUCUCAAGGACCUGCUGUGGCUAGCACAGGAGUUUCCACCACUACAGUCUCACAAAGCAAAGAUCAGAUCGACGAUGUGUUCCGGAAAGACUACAAGUUCCUGCUGCUGGAGAAGGAGAACAUGCCGAGCAAGAAGGAGACAGAGCUGCUCAUCAUGGCUAAGGACAGUGGCAAGCUCUUUACCACCACCGCCAGCAACGGAAUCAGCAGCUCCUUUUCUGACGACACUCUGAAGAGAGAGAAGAUGCUGCUGUCCAGCUCUGCGGAUACUGGGCUGAAAGCUGAAACAAAUCCACACUUUGGGUCUUCCAGAAUAGCAACAAAAGACAAAGCGACUUAUGCAGAGAUUCGCAAGGACGAUGAUUACGGAGGGGGGGGCGGCGGUGGGGGGGGCUGCUGUGGCAGCUCGUGCUGCAGCUGGUGGAAGUGGCUGCUGGGACUGUUACUGGGGCUGCUGCUCCUCCUGGGGCUACUGUUCGGACUCAUUGCCCUGGCGAAUGAAGUGAAUAAACUGAAGGAACGCGUGGCGGUUCUGGAGGGCUCUGGACGGACCAGCCGGCUCACCUCCGUCAACAUCAAUGGCGCAGACCCAGCCUACUCUGAGCGAAUCAGAGGGGCUGCGAAGAGCAGCCUGGGCACGGGGGUGAACCUGGGCUCAGAUUCUACAGACUCAGAUAUCCAGCUACAACGCACAGUGCAGCAGCUGCUGAGAGCAGAGCUACAGUCCGAUACAGUACGAGCUUCACUUGCAGUUCAGGGUGAAAGGGGAGCACCAGGGCCUAAAGGGGAUGCUGGUUCUCCAGGUGUGAAAGGAGAUGCAGGUUUCCCAGGAAUGCCUGGUACUCCAGGAGUGAUUGGACACCCAGGAGCAGAAGGACCCAAAGGACAGAAGGGCAGCGCAGGUGAUCCGGGAUCUGAAGGGCAGGCGGGACCGAGAGGGCGAGAAGGCUUGCCUGGACCGCGGGGCGAACCCGGACCCUCUGGUUUUGGAGAGAAGGGAGACAAAGGCAGCCCAGGUGAUGCAGGACUUCCAGGGGUACCAGGCAUCCCUGGGCCAAUGGGACACAAAGGUUCAAUGGGCAGUCCAGGACCUUCAGGCAUUGGAGGCUCUCCUGGUCUGCAAGGUUUCCGAGGAGACGCAGGACAGCCCGGUCCAAAAGGUGACAAAGGAUCAAUUGGACCAGCAGGACCAAAGGGUGAUCAGGGGGAGAACGGACCUCGUGGACCUCCAGGUGACUCAGGCUCGCGCGGAUUGCCAGGACCCCAUGGAGAGGCUGGAGCUAAAGGGUCUGCGGGUCCACCUGGUGCAGAUGGACACAAAGGCCCCAGAGGUGACCAAGGACCAAUCGGAUUGCCAGGGAUCAGAGGACCAUCCGGACCCCCAGGAGAUGCCGGCUUACCAGGGCUUAGUGGAUCACAGGGACCACCAGGUCUUCCAGGUAAUCCAGGUGUACCUGGAUCCAAAGGUGAAGCAGGAGAGCCAGGCAAGAUCAUCAAUGCAGAAGGAUCCAAGGCUGUGGUUGUGCCAGGCCCACCAGGACCAGCAGGACCUCCUGGCCCCAUUGGACCUUCCGGACUCCCAGGUCCUAUUGGUCCCGCUGGAAAUCCAGGACAGCCAGGCUCAAAGGGAUCCAGAGGAGACAGGGGUCUGCCAGGUGAAGCAGGUAUCUCCGUGGAGACCUCCAGAUCAGUCAGCUCUACUAAGUAUCAACAGGAGUCUGGAAGUUUCAGUGCUCAAGGACCCCCAGGCCCGCCCGGCCCACCAGGACCUCCAGGCCCUGCAAUUCAAGGUCCUCCCGGCCCCAGAGGAGAUCCAGGUAUUGGCCAACCAGGAAUGCCGGGUGCCAAAGGAGAGCCAGGGAGCUUUGUGCCCAAUUCAGGAACAUUCUUUGCAGGACCUCCUGGGCCUCCUGGAUUUCCCGGGCCCAAAGGGUCAGAGGGUGAACAAGGACCAAGAGGAUACCCAGGUGAGCCAGGCCAGCCAGGUCUGCCCGGAAGUCCCAGUGGUAGUGGUGGUACUGGUGAUUCUGGAAGAGGCGAACCAGGUCCACCUGGACCACCAGGGCUACCAGGUCCACAAGGCCCACCAGGCCAAGACGGUCAAGAAGGUGCUAAGGGAGACAGAGGGGAUGCUGGAGUCCCAGGUGCUCCCGGAAUUCCAGGGGCAGCAGUAUCAAGAGUCUCUCCAGGUGGUAACUCGCGUGUCUAUCAGGGCCCCCCUGGCCCUCCAGGGCCCCCCGGAGCCCCUGGUACUCCUGGAUCUGGAUCUCCAGACUCACUGCCUGACGUUCGCCAGUACAUUGCUGAUUAUCUUCAGAGUGAUUCUGUCAGGAGCUUCAUGACUGGACCCCAAGGACCACCUGGGCCACCAGGGCCACCUGGAGGUGGCAGUGUGCCGGUCGAUGAUCUGGCGAGCCGUGUCAUCAGCUACAUGCAACGUACUGGCAUUAGCUCUGGUCUUCCUGGCCCCCCGGGCCCCCCUGGAACACCAUCAGUUGAUGCUAUUAUAGCCCUGUUGCAGAGACAGGAAGUGAGGCAGUAUCUUGUGGGGCCUCCAGGCCCGCCAGGACCUUCAGGAUCGAGUGGGCUUGAUUCUGUCAACCAGCAGGAGUUGGCCACUCGUGUCAUCAGCAUCAUGAACACUAGGGGUCUGCAAAUUGGUUUGCCAGGGCCCCCCGGCCCUCCAGGACCCCCGGGGUCUACCUAUGGGGACAUAUCAGCACUGCUGCAAAACUCUGAGUUUCGAGGAAUUGUUGGGCGACCAGGGCCCCCCGGAACACCAGGAAGACCGGGCUCUCCUGGGCCAAUGGGCCCCCCUGGAAUUGCCACUGUUAGUGGUUCAGGCUACAGAAUGGAAGACAUCAGAAGCUACCUGCAGAAUGCAGGUUUCAGUGGCCCUCCUGGCCCAGCAGGCCCACCUGGUCCCCAGGGGCCUCCAGGGGUGUCUGGAGGACUCGUCUCCUACGCUGAGAACACACAGAAGGACCUCUUCCGCACUGAGCUCAUCCAGUACCUCACCAGUGACAAUAUGCGGCAGUUCAUAUCAGGGCCGCCGGGCCCCCCGGGACCUCGUGGAUUUAAAGGAGAGCGUGGCGACUCUGGGUACAGCAGAGUAGAGGGUGGGCUGAGUGGAACGCUGGAUUACUCUGCCGUGGCAGUUAAAGUAUCGGACUACAUAAAGACCCAGGGUCUGCUGCAGGAUGUCUCUUACAGCGCGUCUGAGCGAGUGGGACGCCCAGGAGCCCCGGGCCCCCCAGGCCCCCAAGGACCUCAAGGACCUCAAGGAUUUAAAGGAGAGCGUGGUGACUCCGGGUACAGCAGAGUAGAGGGUGGACUGAGCGGAACGCUGGAUUACUCUGCCGUGGCAGCAAAAGUAUCGGACUACAUAAAGACCCAGGGUCUGCUGCAAGGUGUCUCUUACAGUGUGUCAGAACAAGUGGGACGCCCCGGUUACCCAGGACCACCGGGACCCCCCGGACCUCCAGGGUACAGCCGUGUCAUCGGCGCGUACGGGAACGUCACUGCUGACCUCAUGGAAUUCUUCAGAACGUACGGUACAAUUCCAGGACCUGUGGGUCCAAAGGGAGAUAGAGGAUUCCCAGGACACAAAGGGGAUAGAGGUGAAAUAGGACUCAGAGGGCAGACAGGACUGCCAGGAUUACCAGGAAUCCAGGGAGAGAAGGGUGAAAAAGGGGACCAACUACUGGUUGGCCGGAGGAAGAGAAGGAGUAUUGGAGUCUGAACUGAAAUAACAAACCAGUAUUCAAUGUCUCAUUAAUUUAUGUAAAAAAAAAAAAACAACUAUGUAGUACUUGAAACAUUAGACUCUUGGGGUUAGUAUUUUAUUGUAGCUGGGGCGGAUGCUUACCUGUGUUUUCUUUUGUUUAGUGGUUUGUGACUUUGAUUAAAUUUACAUUUGUUGAGACUUUGAUUGAUAUAAUGUGACCACCCUCUUUCAUUAUAUUUACAGUGUCUACUGCAUUUUUUCAUGCCAAUAAUCAAUUUUGGUUUACUUUAAAAGCUACAUGUGUUAGGACCAUGGGAGCAUUACAGCUUGCUUUUUGUAGAUUAUUUCUAUUUAGUUAACAACUGGAGUCUUGAACACUAAACUUUUUGGUAAAUUAAAGGGGUGAGCAUUUGUGUUGUGAAUUUUAGAUAUCCUUUGUUCAUCCCAUUUUACUGCAUAUUGGUCAAAUUGAAUGGUGUAUGGGGCACCACUCCCCACCCCAUAUUCUUAUUUAUCUUUUUUUAGUGUAACUGCAAUCAUGAUCAUGUUUCAGUUUCCAAUUAGGUGACCUGUUGCUUAUCGAAUGUUAAUUUAACAAAUCAACUGUACCCCAACUUGUAUACCCCAAUGAAGCAAAUUAUAUGUUCAGUAAAACCUAGAAACGAAUAGUUAUUAUUGACAUUAAUUGGGUCUGAAAGCAAUGCUUUGAAAAUAUUACCAAUGGUUUUACCGAACUUUAAGAAAAAAAAUACGUAUGGGCACAUUCACAGUAACACGAUUUGUGAAAAUGUAUUUUUUUGUUUUUUUUGUUAAAACAGAAUUUAAUAAAAAUGAUCUAAAAUA